AAUUGGACUUACAACACUCGCAUCCCUCUCUCUACCUCUCUCUCUCUCUUACUCUGUCUGUUCAAACUCAAUGUCUCUCUGCCUUAUUCAAAUACUCACAGAGGCGCAUCUCAAACUUUGCUCCAGACUGAGAACUUUUUCUUUUACCUGUCUCUUCCUGACUUGUGAGUGAGUGAGUGCUCCAGUCAUCACUGUGCUCUCUCUCAUUCAUUCUGCCCUGACAACUUUCCUCCUUCACUCUGACUGAAGAGCGUGAAGACGACACCGGGGCACGUGACAGUUUCCGGAGUUCAAUUUAUUUAUUAAUUUUCUAUUUAUUUAUUUAUCCACGUUCCUCUCGGACCCGAACCAAUAUGAAAUUGCUGCUCGACUCCUCCUCAUCGCUCCUCUUCUCGCUGCUAUUGGCUCAGCUGCCAGUGUUCACCUCUGCCUCUCCAGUACCACAGCGGCGGACCACUGACAUGGAUAAACUGUCCAAUCAGACCAAACAUCUGAUGAAGCUCACCCAAGAACUGCUGAGGGAGCAUGCGUUUGACUCAGACGUGGAGCCCCACAGGUUCAGGUCUCUGCCAGAAAUGAGCAACAGAUCAGCCAAUGACCUCAACAAUCUUGAGCUGAAGCCCACACUGUCUCAGCUGCAUGCCGACCUGAAGCUGUAUGAACACCACUUUGAGUGGCUGAACAAAGUUUCAAAGAAGCACCAUCAUCCUGCAGUGCCCAAGCUGGUGGACAUGAUCAGGGAAAUGAAAUCCCUCAUAAACCUGCUGCACCGUCAGAUGCUGAGAGUGGACGCACCAAAGCUGUCCCCAGCGACCCCUUCUCUCCCCCCUCACCUCCCCUACCAGUUUGAUGUCCUGCAGUCCAGCCAUGAGCUUCUUCAACACUUCAAGCUCUUCUGUGACUGGGCCUACAGAGCAUUCAUAAGCCUCAAGCCCAAAGUCACUAUAGUACAAUGAUGACCCACAGGCUAUUUGGCUGCAGAGCCAUGAGGAUACAUGGACUCCCGCCUCAGCCAAAGGACCCUGUCAGAGUGCAAUGUAGUGGAUAGCAUCCCAUAAGAGGCCAAAACAUCAACCAGUGACAUGUGUGUUGAAGAAUGUGUCUUUCUCUCAGAGCCAACGAGGAUGUGAGAUACUGCAGCCAGAUACAACCAGUAAGGUUCCCAGCAAACAGCCAGUUUAACUAUGAUGAUGAUGUAAUAAUCACCUAAACCUUUCUCCUGCUUGUUCAUGACCAUGUUAUUUAUGUAUUUAUUUAUUUAUUGACUGUUAGUAAUUUAUUUAAUUUUAUUUAUUUGACAUUGUCAUGUGUCACACUCAUCUUUAUCUCUGUUUCAACGUGAAUUUACUUGCCCACGUCUUUGUAAUCUUUCUUUUAUGUCGUGUGUGUUUCAUCGAAAAAAAACAACAAAAAAAACAAAAAAAAAACAAAAAAACAACAACACAGUAGCACUUCCUGAAACUAUAGCUCUGAUCAUUACUGUUGUUCACACUAACUAAAUUUACUUUUGCAUUUGUGUACUUCUUCUUCAGCCAAUAAUUCUUCCAGUAGAUGUAGCAUACGUUCCGGUUAGCCAAGGUUUUCACUCACUUUUUCACUUACAGUGCCCUUAAUAUAAAGAUUUUAGAAGAUGUCAUUUUCAUCUUCUAAAUGAGUUAAACGUGUCACAUAUCAACAUUAUCAAUUGGUGGCCUAUGAAAUUGUUUUAAUUUGUAAAUGUCAGGAUGGUAGUCAAAGAGAAUAUUAUCUUUUGUACCACAGGUAGAGCUUCUAUUUUUAAUUAUGCCUGUUUUUUGUGUCCCGCAUGAAGGGGCAUAUUUAACAUUGUGGUAAAGUUGUAUGAAUGUGCCCUGUUGCUGAGCACUGAUGGACCUGAUUAGAUUCUUUGCACAAACUUGUUAGGAUUAGCCUCUUGGAUGAGUGAGAUGGCUGAUUUUGAUCCUGUGCUUUGGGGUAGAAAAGUUUGUUUGUUUGUUUGUUAGUAUUUUUAUUUUAUUUUUUUAGUUAGACACCCAAAGCCUUAAAAUACUAUGUAUUGUGACACUAUGUUCUGUACAGGUGUACAUAAAUUUACAAGAAUGUAAAUUGUUGUAUACAGUGCUUUGUGUAUUAUGUUGUUUUCUAAAAUAUAAUGUAGAUUACUUUACUGAUUUUAAUACCAUAAUUUUUGUUCAUUCCUAUUCUAGUAUUUGUUACAGUAUUGACUAUUUAUUUAAAUAACUUGGUGGAACUAUUUAUUUUGUGCUGCAGCGGAGCAAGACUCCCAUCUUUUUGUACUUUUAUACUGUUUUUAUUCCUAUUUACUAUUAUUAUAUUACCAUCAUGUUUAAAUUAUUGUUGUAACAUCAAGUUGCCUCUUCCACACACUGAUUGGCCUCAAUGUGAAAUAUGUGCCUUGGUGAAAUAAAUGUUAAAGAAUGUGCACAA